AUGAGGUUCACAACGUCUUCUUCCAUACUGCUUCUUGUGGCUGUCGCAUUGGUUCUACUGGACCAGUCCAAAAUUGGAGCUGUGGCCCGAAAGCCUUCUCGCCCAUCGCGUGGACCCCCUCCUCGCCGUGGACCACCACCUUCAUCACGUCGUCCAAGCAGCCGAAGACGGCCACGUGAUGAAGACGAGGGAGACGAUGAUGACGACGACGAUGCAGAAGAAGAUAUCCUGGGUUUUGCGGAUGAUUCUGAAGAGGAGGAGGAAGAAGAAGAGGAAGAGUACGAAGCACCCCGUCCCUCCAAAAGGCGACCACCUCCCAAGUCGUCAUCAAGACCGCCAUCACGCAAGCGACCGCCUCCUCCGCGUGAGUAUGAUAUGGAUGAAGAGGACGAGUAUGAUGACUAUGAACAACCACGUAGACCCAGCCGAAAGCGAAGCAGUGGAGGUAGCAGUCGCAACAGCAACAGCCGUAAAGGCCCCCCGUCGCGCAGAGGCCCUCCUUCCAGACCAUCCAAGGUUGUGCCAUAUGGACGUGGACCACCCCGUCGACGAGGACCCUCGGCUACAGAGCAAGCAGCAGCUACUUUCAGCAGAGGCUGGAAUGCCUUUGCCAGUGUCAUGCCAGAUCCAGCCACUGUUAAAGACGGGGUGGCUUCUAGUAUUAGCACCGCCAGGGAGGCAACUUCUGCCCUUUCCGGCAAUCUCUACCGUGAAGUCAAGGGCCUUACCAGUUCAGAAUUGGAGCAGGUCAUGCUCAAAGCCACAAGACCGGAUGAUACUCCCGUCAAAGGAAAACAUGUGGAGCGAUUAGUUGGAGUGACAUACCAAAUCUCACCGCGCUAUGAUAUCUACGAUGCUGUCUUGCGCAAACUCUGGGGUAAAAUGGCCGAAAAGGAUUGGAGGACUACCAUUAAAGCGUUGUAUAUUCUCCAUCGAUUUAGUGCGGAUGGGGCACCAGAACACGCACAGGCCCUCAAGGCACGCUUACGAGAGCUGCGAAGGACCAAAGAUCCGAAGCGCAAGGACAAAUACUUCAAUUCCAAGCAGAUGUUGGCGGGCGAUUCCAAGCCUGAGAACAUCAAGUACCGUGCAUUCAUGGCACGAUACUCUCACUUUGUGCUGCUUCGGGCACAAUGCUUUGGAGGUAUCUUUGAUGAAAUAUCACAAAAACCUGCACCCGCCAAACGCGACAAGAAGGGCAAGGCUCCUCCCAAGCCGAAACCCAUCACAUCCACCAACCUCCGAGUGGAACAUUUGGAUGCCGCCAAAAUGAUGCUUAAGGCCGGAGUCGCCUGUCAGUUGAAAGAUGGAGAAGAGUGUGAAAAUACAGCAAUUGCUGCCGAACGUGUUGCAUCUGAUAUGAUUGGUUUGACCACAGCCACGGCUAUUGCCCUCAACAGGGCUUUGAAGAGUGAUGAUUCCAUGGCAGGGGCUGACCCUGCUGUUAUUAGGCGAUGGUGUGAGUUCUACAGUGAAGAAUUGUUGCCACAGACGCGGGCCAUGGUCAAGAAGACAUCUGCAAGGCUGGAUGCCUUUGGUCUAUUUUUGCCAUCGCGAAUGGGGGCAAGUCUGUCGCCGGAAACUCUAGAGAAGGGUCUCAAAGCGGAGGAAUGGGCAGGCAGCAGCACUACUGCAGACGACGAAGAGGAAGUCAAAGAUGAUUCCGCAAACAAGGAAGCAGAAGCAGAGAAGGAUGAAGAAGAAGAGGAAGAGAUAGACGAGAAAGAGGAGGAACCACUGGAAGAAGAGGAAGAAGAGGCAAAGGGAUCGGUGGCUGACGAAGCUGCCUUUGACGAAGGGGACGCUGAAUACGAUGAAUAUGAGUACGACGAAGAAGAAUACUACGAUGAUGAGGGUUGA